AUGAAAGACUUUGAGUCGAAGCCCGGCUCUAUUUUCUGGGGGUAUCAUGGCAACAAAGCUGAGUCUAAGUCUAAGCCUCUUAUGAAAGACUUUGAGUUGAAGCCCGGCUCUAUUUUCUGGGGGUAUCAUGGCAACGAAGCUGAGUCUAAGUCUAAGCCUCUUAUGAAAGACUUUGAGUCAAAGCCCGGCUCCAUUUUCUUGGGGUAUCAUGGCAACGACGCUGAGUCUAAGUCUAAGGAGGAGAAGCCUCUUAUGAAAGACUUUGAGUCGAAGCCUGGCUCCAUUUUUUGGGGUUAUCAAGGCAACGACGCUGAGUCUAAGGAGGAGAAACCACUCGUGAAAGAUAAUUAA